UCUCCUCUAUCCGGAAGUAUAGGAAGCACUGCUACGAGUAGAAAAGAACGUCGGGAAACUGGUGCCAGAGGUUAUGACGGCCAAACAGCUAUGUUGUGCUGGAAUGGAUACAGAGCGAAUACCUGCGCUACGCUGGGGAAAGAUUCGCCAUUGCGCUUUCUGUCUGCAAGCCCAGUGCAAAGAGGAAAAAGAAAGCAAUUUGCACCAGCAUGAGUCAGCGCACAAAAUAAGGGAACCAAAUCUUGCGACAACCCUAUUCUCCUCUCUGCGUGCAUGGUUAAAAUAACUUUUUUUGAAUGUGCGGCUGCAUUAUUUUUUUUUUGCCCCCGCUGUGAGCGCCAUUCAUACCGGUACAGGUUUGGCGUUCUUUGGUUUGCGAGCCGAAGUCGAGAGAGGCGGGAACUGGUAUAUAUACCUUCAGUGGUCGUCGGCAUAGCACACAUCGUCUCAGCCCUGCCCGCCUACGACAACCUCAGGUGCUUCACUGCCAAAGAGAGCCACACCAUGAAGUAUACGAUUGUGUUCCUCGUCUUCACAACUGUCAUUGCCGGUGCCCUGGCUGGCUACGCGUAUGGUGGCUAUGGGGGAUACGGACUUGGCGGCAACGGCGGCUACGGUGGCUACGGUGGCUACGGCGGCUAUGGAGGAUACGGCGGCUACGGCGGAUACGGCGGAUACGGCGGCUAUGGUGGUCAUAGUGGCUACGGAGGGUACGGCCGCGGAUAUGGUGGAUACGGAGGCUAUGGCGGAUAUGGUGGUUACGGAGGCUAUGGAGGCUACGGAAAACAUGGAGGCUUCUAUGGAUGAGGACUUCAGGAGUACGCUUGAAUAAAGGCGUAUCACGUGUCCAACGCA